UAGUCGUCUCGUCGACGUCACAAGACGGAAGUGGAGGCGGAAGUGCUGACGGAGCAGCUGGAGGUAGUUGUCAGACUGACAGGUCCUGUGUGUGUGAGUGUGUGUUGUGGUUCAGCUGCUAAGUGAAGAUGUUGAAGGCGGUUAUUCUGAUCGGAGGUCCACAGAAAGGCACAAGGUUCAGGCCGCUGUCAUUCGAAGUUCCCAAACCUUUGUUUCCAGUAGCUGGGGUGCCCAUGCUACAGCACCACAUUGAAGCAUGUGCAAAGGUGCCAAACAUGAAGGAGAUUCUGCUCAUUGGCUUUUAUCAACCUAAUGAAGAACUGACCAGGUUCAUGAUUAAUGCGCAGCAGGAUUUUAAAAUCUCCAUCAGGUAUUUGCAGGAGUAUUCAGCCCUGGGCACUGGAGGAGGAAUCUAUCACUUCAGAGAUCAGAUUGUGUCCGGCAGUCCGGAGGCUUUCUUUGUUCUGAAUGCUGAUGUCUCCUCAGCGUUUCCUCUCACAGAGAUGCUCAGCUUCCAGAAAGAACAUGGAGAACCUAACAGCUUUGUUAUCCUGGGGACAACGGCAAACAGAACACAAUCCAUGAAUUAUGGCUGUAUUGUUGAAAAUGAGGAAACGCAUGAGGUCCUGCAUUAUGUGGAAAAGCCGAGCACAUUUGUGAGUGACAUCAUCAACUGCGGUGUCUACCUCUUUAGCCCAGACAUCUUCCAGCACAUCGGUGCAGUCUUCCAGAAGAAUCAACAGGACAUGUUACUAUAUCCGUACGACGGUGAGGAGCCAACCAACGGCUGGCACAGAGCAGAAGCCAUCAGGCUGGAGCAGGACAUUUUUACGGCCCUGGCAGGACAGGGCAAACUCUACGUGUAUAAAACACUCCGGUUCUGGAGCCAGAUCAAAUCUGCAGGGUCUGCAAUUUAUGCCAGUCGAUUGUACCUCAACCAGUAUCACCAAACCCACCCUGAAAGACUGGCGUCAAAUAAGGAAGCAGGACCAAAAAUAAUUGGUAAUGUCUAUAUCCACCCUACAGCCAAUAUUGAUCCCACUGCUACGUUGGGCCCCAAUGUCUCCAUUGGCACUGGAGUGACUAUUGGUGCAGGGGUCAGAGUUCGGGAAUCGAUCAUCCUCCAUGGUGCAAAUCUGCAGGAUCAUUGCUGUGUUCUGAACAGCAUUGUGGGAUGGGAUAGCACCGUCGGCAAGUGGGCGAGAGUAGAGGGAACCCCAAGUGACCCAAACCCAAAUGAUCCUUAUGCAAAGAUUGACAGCGAGACACUGUUCAGAGAGGGAAAACUCACACCCUCAAUUACUAUUCUCGGUUGUAACGUGACCAUCCCCUCCGAGGUGAUUAUCCUCAACUCGAUUGUCCUCCCACAUAAAGACCUCAACCGCAGCUUCAAAAACCAAAUUAUUCUUUAGCUGAUCUUCCUUGUGCUCCUAUCCACUUACUGUCACUGAUGAAGGAUGCGGCUGAGCGGCUGCUGGCACUGCCUCUAAUUUACUGUAUAUAAGAUGUCAAAAAUGACGAUAUGGGACAUUCAUUAAAUAGUUUUGAAAGAUAGAUUUUUAUAUAUUUGUCCUCAGGCCUUAUGCAUCAUGGCAUGUCAGCUAAAUUAGAGAGGGGCUAAUCGUGCAUGUUGAUUCACCUUGAAAAGUGCUGUGAUGCCAGAGGUUUAUAUUGUUUUUUUAUCAACGUUACCGAACUGUAAAAUUACUGCAGACGGUGUUCGGUCGGAUAUAAUAUAAUGUUUUACCCUUGGGAACCCUGGGACUUGUUACUUUUGCUGGAGAACCGAAAUGACUAGAAAAUGAAAAUCACAGGUCUCAGACUGAUUAAUUUUUUGGAGGUGAUUAUUUAUGUGAAACCCUGAUUAAAAUCUUUAGCAUCUUCAUUGUUAGUCACAAAAAUUGACCAUUAAUCUCCUGCAGCUUCAGGAUUUACGCUGCAAUCAAGUAACACUGCCUUUUUAAAAUGUGAACUUAGCAGGGGGCUAAGGGGGCCUCAAGACAAAACACAUGAGCAGCAGCAGCAGAUACUUAAAUUGUGCAUUUGCAAUCACUGGUGUAGCUGUUCCGAUUUAUGGAUUGAGCAAAUGAACAUUUACUUAUUAAACCCUCAACCCCCUUAUGAUCACUACGGCAGUUUGGCUCCAAUUAUUGCGACGAGUGUCUGCCUAUUAAGGAGCGAUGUGAAUUGUGACACUGGAGCAGCAGCUAAAUAUAUUUUUAAUCAAGUCUCUUUACAAACUAACCUCAAAUGAAGGGUAAAAACAAGUUUAUGUUCUUUGUCAUUUAUAAUUAUGUUUAUUUUAAGUUUAAUAUGUAACUGCAGGUAUGUGUCACAGAGAUUCAGAUACUUACUGCUUCAGCCCCAAGCCAGUCCAGCGCCCCUCAUUACUGUGUUUUUUCGCGGUAUGAUGUUCAUCAACUGUGCUAAAGCCUCUAUGCCCUGCACAUGAAAAGCAAUCCUAAUAUUCAUUAGAUCAAAUAGGCUUUCCAGUCCCAUAACAGUGUAACCCUCCAUUUAUUUAGGCUAUGCAGAGAGCAGCUCACAGUGGGGGUUCAGCUCAUGGUUUUAAAUUCCAAUAUUAUUUACUGAACACUUAAUAACAACAUGCUGUUGAAAGCUUGUUCGGGGUUGUUUUUUUGAGUGGGAAGCAUCGUCGGUGUUCAUCUCUGAGCAGGUCGGCAGAGGAAGCUCAAGAGUCGGGAUGCUGGGUAUUAAAAAGAAGUAAACACACAGGUCGGGUUGACAUAAGCAAUCAGGAGGAGACGACAGUGAAGGUGACAUGUGACAAAAACUGGAUUCAAAUUCCUCCCAUCCGGACUCACGAAGGACAUUUUAGCUCAGUGAAUCAGAUGACAUGUCUGCUGCUGGAGGGUGUGUGUACCCGCCUCUUACAGUCAACAUGGAUUUUUAAAAGUAUCUCCUCUCCUCUAGUUCAUGUCAACUUGUCUUGGGGCCUUUUUUGGAGUGUUGUCUUUAUUGAUUUCCUUAUCGUAGGGUUAGAGGACAACAUUUAGAGGACUGCUGAUGCCAUUAAUAAUUAAUAAAACAAUUUUAAAAAACUAA